ACGCAAAUAUGUCUAGCUCAAUACUCUCAUCUGAAAUCUUCGCUUCGUUGUAUAACUUUUUGAAAACCUCUUCCUCAGAUAAAAUAACCAUUUCCAAUAUUAUUACGCAAAAAUGGAAGUUUUUCAAAAUUCAAACGGAAGAGGAAGAUUUAGAUUGCCUCACGAAAAUCCUAGAAAAGGCGGAAAAUGAAAUUGUUGAUAAAGAUCGAAAGUUUGAAGAAGAAGUAAAUUGGAAAGAUUUAGCUUUAAAAAAUAUCCAUCUUUUAAUGGAUAAAAUCAAGAAAAAAGAUACACCAACACACGGUUACAUUUUCACAAAAUUAAGCAAUAUAGAAGUUGAUAAAUUAUCAAAAGAUGAUCCGUUGUGUAUUGGGGUAAUUGAUCUUAGUUCAAAUAAAUAUAAUCUUUCAGAAAGUGAUUAUGAAUCUAUUGUGGGGACAAAGGCUAAUAUAAGAAACUUGAAUAAAGAUGCUGUAGUAGAGAAUGUAUGUAAUGAUUUUAUAUCAAAGAGAGAUGAAAUUCAAAAAUUGCGUAAAUUUGUAUUGCGAUCAAAAGAUGUAGUGACACAUGACCAAUGGGUGGAAUAUGAUCACAUUAAAGAACGUAUAGCAAAGGGGAUUACUGAUGUUCUUUUGCAGGAAAUCAAAUUGAAUGCCCUUAAUAGGGGUUCCGAAGGAUCAGAAAAUACAUUAGUAGAGAUUAUAGCUCUUUUAAUAGAUAUGGCCAUGUUUUAUUUGCCCGUGGAUUAUGAGGUAGAGGUUACGAGGUCUGAACGUCAGAGCAUAGCUAGUAAAAAUCGCAAAGUUCAGCAAAAAAAGGGAGCAAGAGGUAAUAAACCAGAUCUUAUGUUCCGUGCUUAUCUUCGUCAAAAAUGGGAAGAAAUUGUGUUUUUUGAAAGUGGAAAGUGGGAUUCUGAUGAAGAUAAGAUUCGCCAUGAUCAUAGUAAAUUGGUACAGUUCUGUUUAGAUGGUUCUAAGGAGCUUGUAAAAAAAUGCACAAAAGAGGUCUUUCAUCAAAACUAUAUAGGAUUUGGUGUCAAUAUUGCGGGUAAGUAUCUCGAGAUUCAUGGAUUGAUAAAAGAAAGUGGGAUAAAAUAUUAUCUACCGGUCGUUAAAGCAAAAAUACCCUUGGAUAACGAAUCAUUUGAGGAAGUGGAAGAAUUUGUUCACGCUCUAUUGAUUUUACGAAAUAUUGUGAAUAGUUUUCAAAAAAGAUCGAGGGAAGAGGGUAAUGUAGGCACUUCUUCCCAUAGUGAUACGUCCAUACCGAAAUCUCCAAUUAAUUCAGUAACUCCCCAAUCAUCCGUUUCACCACCUAUUGAGGGUGACUCUAAUGCGAAUAAUAGACCCAAUGUGACUCAACAUACCUGUUCAGAAUCUAAAACAUUGGAAGAAAAAGAGGAUGAUGAAUUCAUAGAUUUGGUAUAUAAGGAAAAAGAAUUACUCUUAGACUCUGCUGAUACUUCCCCUAAUAUUUCUCAUGAGCAAAAAAAUAUCCAAUCAAUUUCUAAUGAGUCGGGGGACCGCGAGCCCGAAGGAAU